AUGCGCGGCAGCGCCGUCACUUCGGCAGCUUUGACCGCGUUCAAACAACCCCUAUCUAGAUUUGGCCGUGCUCAUUUAUCCACCGCAUCCUCCCACUACAGCGCCGGAGCUCGCUUCGGCGGUAGCAUUCGCAAAGCUAGCACCGUUCCGCACAGCGUCAGCUCUUUCGGCUCUCAGCAAUUCGAGCCCGGCGUUAUUCUGAAGGGAUACUCUGGUCGCGAGUAUACCAUUGAAAAUGUUCUGCAGGACAGACAAGACCGCCUGGUCUAUCUCGCCAGGGCAAAUGAGAAGAUGUUCGUUCUGAAAAGUCUAUUUGAGAACGAAUACAAUUAUGCACUUCCUCUGCAGUUGAGAUUUAAUCACUCGCCUUACUUGCGGGCGCUGCGGGACACCGUCCCCGAGCAGAAGAUGUUUGUCAAUGAAUACAUGACAGACCAUCUCCUCAACUUCGCCUUUAAGGACCUCUCCCUAGCUGCGCAAAAGCGUGUCCUUCGAGAUAGUCUACGAGGCCUUGCUACCUUACAUGACCAGAACAUCGCGCAUUUAGACAUCAAAGCAAAUAACAUCAUGGUUGACUACCGCGAUACCAGCGAAGGAAUCAUUGUAGAUCGCGUGCAGUUAUCCGAUCUAGAAGAUUCGACUCACAUCCCACCUGGACAGGCUCUGCGUGGGCUCAAAGUUGGCAAUCAAUUUUGGCGCAGCCCGGAGGCGCACGUACAGGGCGCGGUCGGAAAGCCUUCGGACAUCUUCUCCUUGGCGCUAGUGUUUAUAUUCAUGCGUCUCAAAAUGGUCAUCUUCCGGAUCGACAGCGCGCCAAAUGUCGAUCUUACCAACGCCAUCCUCGAGCGGCAAAUAUCCACUUUUGCCGAGUGGAACGAUUACGAAUCUUUCAUCGACUACCUUGGUCGAAGACAUCCCUGGGUCGGCGAACUCUCUCGCUUGCAAGACUCAUUCGGUUCUAAGAAUCCUCGAAGACCAUUUUCGCUCUGGAAAAGCGAUUCACUUGACCCAGACUUCAAGGAUUUGAUUAAGAAGAUGACCAACUUUGAUCCCCGGAGGAGAAUCACGGCGCGGGAAGCCCUCGGUCAUGUCUGGUUUGACGAUGUUGAGGAACUAUAG